CAAAGCCGGAAGUGUUCACAUGUAAAGUAAUACCAUACCCGGACAUAUACGCACAUUAAUUCAAAUAUCAUCGCAAUGGCUGUAGUACAGAUAAUUCAAAGAAUUACGUUAGUGGUCAAAACGGGGAAGUUUUCGAUAUUAGGCUUACUGUUGCCUUAGGCUGCCUGGUAACUGGUGAAUAUCGGUGGUUAAAGGCAGUUCUCUGUAAGGUGGUCCGUAUUUUCCCCACCAUAGCUAGCAAUGAGCUAUGUCAAAGCAGUUCUGUUUUGCAGCACUGCUAUAGUGUUGAAGACUUAGGUCUUGUUGUUGAUCGUGCCAUGAGGAAAUGUGCAUAUUAUCAAAGCAAAAGUGUGGUGUUCUCAGGCCAAGUAUAUUGUACUUUGUCGAAGGCUAGGUUAGGGUGGAUCUGGAGCAUUGUGUAAUAAUAGUUAUUUCUCCAGCAGGUGGCAGUGCGGUGAUUGUUUCACAUUUCACACAGUAGUACCCAAACACAACUACACCAUGGCGUUUUUGUCUCUAGUUGCGUAUGAAGAUUCAGAUUCAGAUGAGGAAUCCGGCACGAACAAUGAGGGUGUCAGCUUCACUUUAAAAUGUGACAGUGCGGUCGAGCAAUUUCUUGGAAGUCCUGGCAGCUCUGCAACUGGGCUUCCUGAGGAUAGACAGUGCACCAAUACAACUUCUGUUGGACCUCUCUGGCCGUUUAAAUCUCCUCCAUGGCAACAACCACAAUUAGUGGAUAGUUGCAAGACAGCGUUACAAAUUCCUCCCCAUUCCUUACCACAGAACCCUGCUUGUCCAAACCCUGUUAAGAGGCUUGCACCUUCCUCAGCGGGAGUGAGACCUUACAUCCCAAAAAGACAGAAACUGGCGCCAACAGAUGACAGGGUGUCGCCAGGGCCAAGUGUCAGAGGCGGCCCUGUCAAGGGCACCUCCACCAACACCACCACCAGCCAGGCCUCUGGCUCACGAAUGCUCUCCGAGGUGUCUGAGAGAGUGCGUCCUUUUUUGGGACAGAAGGUAGGCAGGAUGGAGCUGCCCAGGCGUUGCCACCUACAGCUCCAGGCUCAUCAGGGACCGGUCAACACGGUGCAGUGGUGCCCAGCACCUCACACCAGCCAUCUGCUCCUGUCUGCCUCAAUGGACAGGACAGUCAAGAUCUGGGAUGGUGCAGAAAGUGGGCGGUGCCUGCAGGUGAUCUCCACCCACAGUGGGGCCGUGAGGGAUGCCUGCUGGUCCCCCUGCGGCCGACGCCUCCUCUCCGGCUCCUUUGAUACCACGGCAACGCUGACAGACGUGGAGACAGGUUCGGAGGUCGUUAAAGUGAGGAACCAGUUUAAGGUGACCUGUCUUGCCCUGCGGCCUAAUGAACCUGACGUGUUUCUUUGUGGAGGCUUUAGUCCGGAGGUCAAGGCCUGGGAUGCACGCUCCUCUAAGAUGGUGAGGACAUACAAGGCUGGGAUACAGCAGACCCUGGACAUCCUGUUCCUCUCUGGAGAGAAGGAGUUUGUAACUAGCAGUGACUCAGUCAGUCGUGACUCGGCCGACCGCACACUCAUCGCCUGGGACUUUGGAACCACUGCCAAAGUCUCCAACCAGAUCUUUCAUGAGAGAUACACCUGCCCCAGUCUUGCAUUACACCCAGAUGACGAGUCUUUCGUAGCACAGACCAACGGGAACUACAUCGCCAUCUUUUCAUCGCAGAGGCCGUACCGCAUCAACAAGAGACGGCGCUAUGAAGGACAUAAGGUAGAGGGCUAUGCCAUCCAGUGCGAGUUCUCUCGGUGCGGAUCGCUGCUAGCUUCGGGGAGCUCCACAGGUUGCGUCCACUUCUACGACCACCAGAGCUCUCGGACACUUCACACACUCCAAGCCCACCAGGAGGCGUGUGUGUCUGUGUCACUCCACCCCGUCCUGCCGUCAGUGGCAGCCACGUGUGACUGGAGUGGCGAGAUCAAGAUAUGGAACUGACCAGGGUUGUAUUUCCCAAAAGCAUUGAUGCACAUCAACCGUUGUUAAAUGAGGUUAAAUAGAGACUAUCCUUUUGAACUCUCUGUCCCCUAGUUACCAUAGUCACCAUUUUCAAGAUGGACACCUGUCACUCAGGGUAGUACCAGCCUGACAUCUCAUCGGGCCCUUUAAUGCUAUUACUGACCGAAAAGGCAGAGAUACUACUUUAGCAUCAACCAAAUAGCAUCAACCAGAGCUUUCUCUCUCUUCAAGAACACUUCUCCAAGAACAACAUAGGGCACAAACCUGACAGACGGGUGCCCAGUGUAGUAUUCAAAUUCUAGCCUCAUCAACACCUUUAUGCAACUCAGGUAGACAGACAGACAGACAGACAGUGACUGAAGCUAAGUUAGCAUUCCCCACUCCUUCAAAGUCAGUCCUGCUCUACUGCUCUUGAUAAAAGAGUCUUUAGCUUCCUUAUAUUCUCCAGUUCAGACAGACAUUGCUAAACUAGUUCCUUCUGGUGUUUUCAGGCGUGACACUGCAUUCUUAGUGUACUGGUACAUACAUGUAUACUGUCCUUCUGUUCUUUAAACUUGGAUGAUGCAAAUCUGCAGCACAAAUAAAAAGAGCCCCUUAUUUUAGAGGAUUCCAUUUGAGAUGCUGCCGACUCUGUGGUGGUUUUGAUUGGAAGCUGGAGCGGCGAGCGAGACGACAUGUUGUUGACAGUGAUUGGGCAACAAUGGCACUCAUAAUCUACCUGCUGAGAAUGCACAGAGGUAGCUGUCCCACAAGCCCUUUGUUGAAUUCUGAAUGACCGAACCAGAAAAAAAAGAAAUGUCCUUGCGGCAUUUUCACAAUACACUGUGUACCCCGCGCUCAAAAAGAAGGAUCCGUUCUCAUUUCGCUUUAAUCAUAGACACUGUAAAUCCUUGGAGGGCAUGAGGGGUUUGUUUUCUCUGUGCCUUUAGUAUGUACCAGAGAGCAUUCACAUAAAAAUAUUCUGUAGUCAGUCAGUUACCGUGACCUUUAACGACUCAAUACAAUAUUGUUAGUUUUAUGUUCGCAAGGGUUUCACGUAGAUACUUGAAACUUUUGUAGAUCUGGUUCAUAAUAAAUCUUCCGCAGGCUUUUAACAUUAUAUUCCUUUUUUCACAAGGCUUUCUUUUUUUUUUAAGUGAGUUUUAGCUGAGGGAGUGGGUGUGAAGAACUUGGGGCAUGCUACAGUGUGUAAAGAUCAAAGAAAAGUUCCACAAUUAACAUAUCAAAGGGCAAACUGCUAAACCUCUUUGUAGGUUUAUCAUCAGGCGCGCUAAAGUAUGCAGCCUCGCUAUAUCAGCCAAGCACAGGCACUUGUCUAAUUGUGGAGCGCAUCAAAAAUGCAUCUUAACAAUUGCAUGCUCACGCAGUCAGGCACCGUUAUCCCUCCUCUCUGUAUUUGUGGCACCUCAGUGACUACAAGCUACACAGUUUUUCAAGAUGAGAGGUUUCGAUAUGCCUAAAUUAGUACUCAGCCUCAUCUCUACAAAAAGAACGUUCACUAUACAGACGUUGCAGGCAGAAGCCCCCUUUCUUCAAAGCUUGGCACUGUACAAAUGUUAAUUAACACGGAAGAUGUGCAGAGUACAAUUAUGGUCAUGAUUAUGUGGAUACAGUGGCCUUCACAGUGUGUUGAUCCUUCAUCUUUAUUAAGUAAAGAAACAUACAUCAAAAAUAUAGAAACAUGCAUGUGACAAACGGCUCACCUCUCUCCUUGAAAACUGUCUGGAUAUUUGAGGUAGAACAGGACAGCUAUACACUUGUUAGGGCAGAAAAAGUUAAGAACAUCCAAUUUGACGAGGAAAAAAAUAUUCAUUCUUAAAUAUGUAUAUCUCAAUAAUACACAUAUUACAAUUCAAUAUAUAUUUUAAUCAUAUCCACAACAAAAACAUUAUUUUUUAUUUUAAGGAAGUCUAGAGUUUUUAAUCUGUUGUGUGUUUAGAGUGGGUCUAAGUCCCUGUGCCAAGCGUCUUAUCAGCUGGGAGAAAGGAUGUGCCCCUUCUCCUGUUGACAAGUCACAUCAACACCUGAGAUACCAAGGCGCAGAGAUCUAAGCCAACACCUAAGUCUUCCCUCUGACUAGAGCACUAUUUUAGAGCUUCUUUCAUUGAGGGCCAAGAUUAUGUGCAGGUUUUCAUGUUUUCUUUUCGUUUCUGUAUUGUGCUGUGAUCAGAUUUCACUGUAUUGCAUCAGGGAAGUCUGGAAAAUCAGCAAAGUCUGCCAGCAAGUGUCUCUGUGUUUUGACUGCACAAGCAGCCGCCCUGGUGAUCGUCACUGAGCCAAGGUCUCAGGAGCAUCCAUUCUAACGAGAGAAAAAACAACCUUCUGCUAUGCAGUAAAGACAGUCUGCAGUUGUUUGGUAUUCUUCGGAUUUUCUCCAUCAAAGAACCCUUGAAAGGUUCUGCUUAAAAGCUUAUAGUUUUGAAGAACCCCUCUGUGGGUAUUCUGAUUACUUAUAUUUCUGAUUACAUUUUGUAGCACUAUGGGGGACUAACUGCGGGGAACCUUUAAGACCUACAAAGGAACCUUUUUAAAUAAAAGGUUCUGUUGUAUUAAAUGAUUUAAAAACAGUCUUAAGCAAAUAUUAUCCAUAGGUUCUUUAAGCCUUUUACAUGAAGGCUUCCACUGACUUUCUAAUGUACUUGUGGCAAAGAAACCCAACAUAUCCCUCAGCCCUCAUGAAUGGAAGACAGUGCUCUACCCUCUCAGAAGCCCCAGCAGGCAUAUACUCUCCUCUCAGGAGCCUUGAGUUGGGGAUUGAAACUAACCUCUUUAUGUUUCUAUGGAGAAGGCAUUGCAGGACAAACACACCACAGUGGAAAGGAUUACUCGGAGCAAAGUACCUACUUUUGGUUUGAAUCAGUGCGGUCCAUGCAAAAAGAACUUCCAAAGGAAGUGUUCCAUUUUAGCACAAUACAUGGAACAUUAGCUGGUCGAUGUAUGGAACACUGAAAAGACAUGUAGACAGUAUACACAUAUGCACUACUACCCGGUGUAAUAAACAGAACUGGGGUCUCCAGCUACUGAAAAGAAUUAAGGCAUGAAUAUACAAAUGGUGUUUUUGACAAGCAAGUGAACUACUAAUACAUAAAUCAUGCUAGCUUUCAUGUCUCCUGUAAACCAAAAGGUUUUUGUGCAGAAACGUUGGUCCAAUCUUUAGAACGGGUGCAGUAGAUAUAUAUUCUGAGCGCAGUGCUUGAGGCACCAAGGUCAUGGUUUUAUUUCCCAGGUGCUGAUAAAAAAUAAAUACCUUAUUUUUAAGUCA